CACUUCAUUUUGGCCCCUGAAGGCUAUGCCCCGUUUUCCCGGGUGCGAAGACAUAUAUAUACCCAGUGCGUAGUGGCUCUCGACUCGAUUCGCAGCUGGAAGAAUACUAUCCUGCACGUAUCAUGUCCGUGCUACUGGAUAGUCUGACCACAAAUCAAUGCAUGCUCGCGGUGGCGGCAUGCGCGCUGGUGACCCACUGGAUCUUCAAUCGCUGGGAGCCAACUGAUAUACCGACCCUCUUUAUCUUAUUGCUGCUCGCUCCCGCUGCGGCGUCGACACUGCUCAUCCAACAUCACGGCGUCACCUACGGAGUUGCCCUCACCUUCUUUACCUACCACGCCUCUCUCCUCUCAUCGAUCACCGUCUACCGCAUCUCACCGUUCCACCCACUGGCACGCUACCCAGGCCCGUUGUUGGCAAAGGUCACCAGAUGGUAUCUGACGUUUAUUGCGGUCGGGGGGCGUCAGCACGUUGUAACGCGGCGCUUCUUCGAGCAAUAUGGUGAUGCUGUCCGAGUUGGUCCAAAUGAGGUCCACUUUCGGGACCUAUCUGUGCUGCAGACGAUGAUGGGCCUGAAAGGGAUGCCGAAGGGUCCUAUGUGGGACGGCCGAUCCUUGAAAGGAGGUAAAUCAAUGAAGGGAUCAGGUAUUCUCAUCGGCCUUAGAGAUAACGCGACUCACGCCCGCCGUCGGAGGCCCUGGAAUCGCGCGUUCAGCUCCGCGGCGCUCAAGAAUUACGAGCCUGUCAUCGUCAAGCGUGUAUCCCAAUUUGUAGCGCUGCUCGAGAAGCAGAAGCAGAUUGACUUCGCACGCCGCGUGCACCUCUUCACAUUUGAUUUUAUCUCUGAAGCUCUAUUUGGCGGAGAGUCGGAGGCCAUGCAGGACGACGACAAAGAUGGUGCGGUCGGUGCGAUGCAUAUAGCCUUCAAGGAGCUGCAAUUUUAUGAAAAUAUUCCCUGGCUCGGGCGUCUCGCACGCUAUCUUCCAUCUGCAGGCGGAAAUGCCAAGGGCUUCAUAACUAUGUGCAGGAGUCGCGGAGUCGAACGGCUCGCGAAGACAUCGAGCACGAAAGAUCUGUUCUACUGGCUGAACAAUGAAGAUGGAAGCGAGAAGGAAGACCCACCGAAGCUAACGGUUAUCGUCGACUCUACGCUCGCUAUCAUCGCUGGGUCCGACCCGACAUCUGCAGCGCUCAGCACCAUCGUGUACUGCCUGCUCACCCACCCGCAGGCGUAUGCGCGGCUGCAGACCGAGGUCGACCAGUUCUACCCGCCAGAGGAAGAUUCGCUUGAUCAGAAGCACCACACCAGCAUGCCCUACCUUGAAGCAGUCAUCAACGAGGCUAUGCGUCUUUACCCCGUUGUCCCAAGCGGGACCCAACGUGCGCCUGAGCGCGGCUCCGGCGGGUUCGUCGCAGGCCCACAUUUCAUACCAGAGUGGACGUCGAUCCGGGCGCCGACGUGGUCCCUGCACCGCGACGCGCGCAACUUUGCACAGCCGGACGCGUUCCUCCCCGAGCGGUGGCUUGCGCCUGAGGACCGCGACGCUACCGGGCUUGCGAGUCCGGGAGGCGCGCACGACAUGCGCGCAUUCGUACCGUUCUCAUACGGCCCGCGGAACUGCGUUGGGAAGAACCUGGCGAUGGUGGAGAUGAAGGUCGUGCUGACGCACAUGCUGCAGCGUCUGCGUCUGCGGUUUGAGGAGGGCUUCGACCCUGUCGCAUGGGAGAGUGGCCUGGAGGAUCGGUUCGGCCUCGUUGUGCCGAGGCUACCGCUCAUCGUUGAACGGAGGAUUUGAGGAACGGCGGUCUGCUACAUGCGUUGCAUCGUCGCUUCGCCGCGUAUACAACCCUGCAUUCAUGCUUCGGCCCUCCGCAGGCCUACCACCCGCUAAGAUACGGAAGAAGAAAACCGGCUAUGAUAUUGGAAAAUGGAAGCGUGGCAUCCAGACUACGGAAACAGAGAUACAAUCUAUGUCCACGACUCUCGUAUUGUGCUUCUGUGCUUUUAAGAGCUCUUGCUUUAGAAAUUUCUCAGGCAGAUUUUGUCUCUUUCCGACGCCUCUGGAAGAUCUCGAUGCUGUCUGUGUAACCUACUCCUGUCGACCAUAUACUAUGAGCCCUUCAACAGCAAC